GGGCGCUUUCCGCUGAACGGAUGACUGUUUACAUUCAGGUAAUCCUCAGUUUAAGACGUUAGUGGAGGUUUUGUUUUGAUCAAAGCCUCUAUUAUACGUCGGAAUAUUGUCUACCUUUGUUAUCGCACUGGAGUGCAAAUUCCUAACCCUCGCCAACAAACUCGACGAACUCGCACAGCAGUGAAAUGAGUACUUCAUUUUUCGAGGACCUCUGGUCCAGCAUCUUCACUCCCGGCCCGACUCCCACUUUACUUGUGGCUACAAAUGCUACAUUUGCGGCACUCCAAUUAGUGCUUUUCAUACUCCUCAUCGCGACAUACAGCGUUCACUUCGUGGCGCUUUCGUGCAUCAGCGGGGCGCUUUGGUGGUCUAUAAACUGGUUUGCGAAGGAGGUUCGAGAGGUCCAGGCCCAGCAAAAACAAGAGGCAGAAGAGCAGCAGAAGAAGCUUGCUGAGAACAGCGACGAUUCAGCCGAGACAGACAAUAAUGAUUCGGAUACUGAGACCGAAACUGGAGGUGUGUCUAAAACUAGACGGCGAAAGGUGAACCAGCUGUCGAAAGAGGCCAGUACUACGGCUGCGACUGCGGUUGAAUCAGAAGACUCGGAGGGUAACGUGCUCAGGAAACGAGAGAGCAGAGGCGAAAACUCCGGGUACGCCAGCACCGAUAGCGAAUGGGAAAAGGUAGAUAAGGACAAGUCGUCAUGAUUUGGCUUGUGAAGGAGGCUCUUUACCAUGUGAAAUCUGGGCUAUGUUCAAGAAGGAAGUUCAAGAAUUCUAUUUGCUCCUGCAGAUCUUAAACAUUCAUAAAGUUAUACCCCUCUCGCCCUCAAUUGAUAUCAUUUUGAUGUGUUUUGGAAUGUUGAUUCGAUUACGAGCUUGGUUAUGAUCGCUGUUUUGGUUACACUGUCAUAAGGCCGAUUUGGGCCAUUAAAUAUCUCUCGCAAAUAACGCAGUAAUGACAAGCACAAAUGAUUU